AUCUAAGUAAAAUAAUGAAGCAAAUAAACAAAAUGAUUUCUUUCACUCCUUAAAUACUUCACCUAUAAUAUGAACUUCUCAAUUCACAAAUAUUUCCUAUUCAACCCAUUUUCUCUCCUCCUACACAAACUCACACUUCUUAUAACACCAUGUCUCCUCCGCCCGUCGCCGCCGCCGCCGCCGCCUCCGCCGUCUCUACCACAAGCAAUGUAGAUACACAAACUAAAACUUCUUCUCCAUUCUCUCUCCUCCCGGCGGACAUCAUCCGAUCCCACAUACUCCCUAGCUUAGACGGGUGUACCUUAGCCGCGGUAGGAUGCGCUACACCGGAACUCCGCUCUCUUUCCUCCGAUGAAGAACUUUGGUCCCACAUUUGUCAUUCCACGUGGCCGUCUACUACUACUCCACGUCUACGCCACCUCAUCUCCUCGUUUCCAGGUGGCGGUUCUAGAAGCUUCUUCUCCCUCUCAUUCCCGCUUUUUCCCUCCACUCUCUCUCCUAAUCCUCACCCUUCAUUAUCAUCUUCUUCACUACCUGAGCAGUUAAUCUCAGCCGUUGAUGUUUUUUACCGUGGAAAUUGCAUUCUUUCUAAGGUUCAAGAGACGGAAACCGUGACCGGGUGGUUCCGGUGCUCGCCCUUAAGAGUUGACCUGGUGGGACCUAAGGAGUCUGUUCCUACACCUAUAAGAAGGCCAAGUCAUGAUGACACGUGUCGAGAUCUUUAUGCUGACCUGGAGCUGAGUUGGAUUGUGGUGGACCCCACAACGAGAAGGGCGGUUAAUUUGUCAAGCUUACGCCCCGUGUCGGUGGAGCGGCACUGGCUGAGCGGGGAGGUGCACGUGAGGUACGCCACCGUGGUAGGAGGUCAAGUGAUGUGUAGUGUGGAGGUCACGUGCGUGGGAGGAGGUCCUGGUGGCCUCGUGUUACACGUGACCGAGGCUUGUCUAAAAAUGGAAGGGAUCGAUGGGGCCCAUUUGAAUGGGAAGGAUAGUUUGGUAAUUUUGCAAAGAGUGUUGGAGGGUAAAAGGGGGAAUUUGUAUGGUAAAGGAGGUAUAAAGGGAAGAGUAGAAGAAGGUAGGAAGAGAUACUUGGCGUUUUUGGAAAGAAAGAAAGAGAGAAGAGAGAACAUGAUAAAAAGAGAAGGCAGAUUAGAUAGCAUGUGUGUAGGAAUUAGUGUGUGCUUAUUUGUUAGUUUUCUCUACAUGGUUUGUUUCUCUUCAAGAUAAUCAAUCUCGGCCUCGAUCAAACUAGCUCUUUAAAAACAGAUUUUAGGUGCAUUCUGUUUACUUCACUUUUCUCACUUAGCUGUAGUUUCUAUGUUAGCUACAAUGCAAAAAAGUCCAUAUUGCUAAUUUGUUUUGUUUUCAUACAUGUUUUGUCACCCUUUUAUUUAAGGUCUAUUUUGAGACCUUGGGUGGUUGUAUAAGGACAUUGAUAAAAAUGAGAAUAUACAUACAAAUGAAAAAAAUGAACUACUUAAUGACGUUUUAGCAAAAUAAUUGAGGA